AUGCAGCUGUGCACCCGUGUUCGCGACAGCUUGACGGCACGGCCGGCCGGCAAGGCCCGCACCGCUGCAGUCCGUAGCCGCUCUAUUAUCUUGCGUGUGCGUGCCGAGGCUGUGAGCGCACCUCCAGCACCGGCCGAGUCUGAUGCAGACGCAGCUUCGGAGUUCGCUCGGCUGCAGAAGGGGAAUGCGUUCGAGGAGUUGAAGGCCCUUGCUUCAUCGCCCAGGCAAUCUGUGAAUCGUCCCCAGAAGAACGACGACUUGACUUUCAGGCAAGCCCCGACCAUCGAGGACUGUUUCCCUGACAGCGAGAAGAUGUACAAGGCCGUCCAGUACGACGAUGAGGUCACGCUGCAGGUACCCUUCCGCCGUAUCCACCUGAGCAACGGAACCGACUUCGACGUGUACGACACCAGCGGCCCUCGGGUGGCCGAUCCCCGCCAGGGCCUGCCCAAGCUUCGUCAGCCCUGGAUUGCCCGGCGUGAGGCCAAGGGCAUCACCGCUAAGGCCGGUGUGACCCAGAUGGCGCUGGCCCGGGCGGGCAUCAUCAGCGAGGAGAUGGCAUUUGCGGCCGCGCGCGAGGGACUGGACCCCGAGUACGUGCGCUCCGAGGUCGCUCGGGGUCGCGCCAUCAUCCCGGCCAACAAGCGCCAUAUGGAGCUGGAGCCAUGCGUCAUCGGCCGCAACUUCCUGACCAAGGUCAACGCCAACUUCGGCAACUCGGCAGUCACCAGCUCCAUCGAGGAGGAGGUUGAGAAGCUGCAGUGGAGCACCAUUUGGGGUGCGGACACGGUCAUGGACCUGUCCACGGGUCACAACAUCUACGAGACUCGCGAGUGGGUGAUGCGCAACAGCCCCGUGCCGGUGGGCACCGUGCCCAUCUACGAGGCGCUGGAGAGGGCGGAUGGACGUGUGGAGGGCAUCACUUGGGAGCUGUUCCGUCAGGUGCUGCUGGACCAGGCAGAGCAGGGUGUCGACUACUGGACCAUCCACGCGGGUGUGUUGCUGCGCCAUGUGCCCCUGACAGCCAACCGGGUCACCGGUAUCGUGUCGCGAGGGGGCUCCAUUCAUGCCAAGCUGUGUCUGAUGGAGCACAAGGAGAAUUUCGCGUACGAGCACUGGGAUGAGAUUCUGGACAUCUGCGCCAAGUACGACAUUACGUUGUCCAUUGGUGACGGUCUGCGCCCGGGUUGCAUCGCCGACGCCAACGACGCCGCCCAGUUUGCCGAGCUGAAGACCCAGGGCGAUCUGACUCGCCGUGCCUGGGAGAAGAACGUGCAGGUCAUGAACGAGGGCCCCGGCCACGUGCCGCUGAACAAGAUCCCGGAGAACAUGGCCAAGCAGCUCGAGUGGUGCUCCGAGGCGCCCUUCUACACGCUGGGUCCGCUGGCUACCGACAUCGCACCCGGGUACGACCACAUCACCUCGGCCAUUGGCGCCGCCACCAUUGGCGCGCUGGGUACCGCUCUGCUGUGCUACGUGACGCCUAAGGAGCACCUGGGGCUGCCCAACCGCGAUGACGUCAAGGCCGGUGUUAUUGCCUACAAGAUCGCCGCCCACGCUGCCGACCUGGCUAAGGGCCACCCCGCCGCUGCCGCCUGGGACGCUGAGCUGUCGAAGGCGCGAUUUGAGUUCCGCUGGUACGACCAGUUCGCACUGUCGCUGGACCCGGUGACUGCCCGCGCCUACCACGACGCCACAUUGCCGCAGGAGCCCGCUAAGACAGCUCACUUCUGCUCCAUGUGCGGUCCCAAGUUCUGCUCCAUGAACAUCACCCAGGAGCUGCGUACUCUCGCCCAGAACGAGGCAGCUGCGCACACCGAAUCCUCAGUGGGCGACCUGGGUGAUGCAGACCUGAUCGCCGCAGCCCAGGAGGGCAUGAAGACCAUGAGCGACGAGUUCAAGCGACGAGGCGCGGAGCUGUACCACUGAGCCGCUGUACCUUGAACUCUGGGGGUUUGAUUGGCUUUUGUUGGGCGGUCGGUUGGGCGGUCUGAACAGAAAGUGGCAGGAGGGGAAGGGGGACGCAGAGACGGAGUAUUAUUCUCUAUGUCUCCCCCCCCUUAUGU